UGUGUGUGUGGCAAGUCGAAGUCGUGAACUCUGCAAAGAGAAACCUUUGAAAACUCAAAUUAAAAUCAUUUCUCGCAAGAAAUUCAAAGGAAAAACAUCAAAUGUGCUAACAUCGAGCGACAUUUUUACGUUUGGACGGGCAAAGAACUUGGGUUACUGUCAUUAUCAGUGUAAAAUACGUAAUCCAAGCAGGACAGAGGGGCAAGAAGUCGUGUGGUUAUCACUUACAAUUGGAUAUUUCGUGAAUUAAUUACAUAAAUUGUGACGAAAAGGUGACAGAAAAUGUCUGAAAAGGGCACCAAGAAGGUCAUCAGAGUCGGUUCGCGCAAAAGUGAGCUAGCACUUAUACAGACAAACUAUGUCAUUUCGUGUCUCAAGAAAUUGUAUCCAGAAAAUGUAUUUGAAAUACAUAAAAUGACCACUAUGGGUGAUCGCGUUUUGAAUGUGGCCCUCCCGAAAAUCGGCGAAAAGUCGUUAUUCACGAAAGAUCUUGAAGAUGCGCUCACAAAUGGCGGAGUUGACUUUGUCGUGCACUCGCUGAAGGAUUUACCGACUGCUUUACCGGUUGGCAUGGCGAUUGGAGCGGUUCUCGAGCGUGAAGAUCCCAAAGAUGUGCUGGUUUUGAAUGCGAAACAUGCUGGAAAGACACUUCAAACCCUUCCCGAAGGUUCUGUCAUCGGAACUUCAUCUCUUCGACGCUCCGCUCAACUACAUCGUUCCUAUAAAAAUGUCAAAGUUUGCGAUAUUCGGGGGAAUUUGAAUACCCGUUUGGCUAAACUCGAUGCGGAAGGCUCGAAAUUCGACGGAAUUAUUUUAGCGCAUGCCGGAGUCAGUCGCAUGGGAUGGGAAAAGCGCAUCAGUCAAGUGUUGGAGCCCGAAGAACUGCUGUAUGCCGUAGGACAAGGUGCUUUAGCGGUCGAAUGUCGUUCGAAUGACGAUUUUAUCUUGGACAUGCUACGAAAAUUGUGUCAUCUUGACACGCAAUGUCGUAUUUUGGCGGAAAGGAGUUUCCUGAAAACGUUGGGAGGCGGAUGUAGUGCCCCCGUUGCCGUUCAUUCAGUACUUAAACGUCCCUUGGAUGAAAAAGGAGAAAUUGAACUUGUUGGUGCGGUAUGGAGUUUGGAUGGAACAACGAAAAUCGAAGAGCAACUCAAAGCGGAAUUGAAUUUCGAAACAGACAAUAACAAUUUUUCACCUCGAAAGAAACUUAAAACAACUCAUGACAUCGACGAAGACACGCACAAUGACAAAUCUCCGACUCCGCCGAAAAUUAUCGAUGAUUCUGCGGGUACGUCACGCAAGGAACGCACACCGUCAAUUGAUGAAUUGAUCACCAUUCAUCGGGAUCUCUUCAAGAAAUGCCCGUAUAGCGGGAAAUUGACGCAAAAUAAAGUACAACCGGAAAAAGAGGAAAAACCAACGAACGGAAAUAAAGUAAAAACGGAAGAAAAUUGCCCGCUAGACUUCCCCGUAGGACAAGACGUGAUGGGAGAAUGCCCGUUCUUCAAUAGUACCGAACAAAAAGUCGAAGCAUCGCUCGAUUUGGGUGCUAAUGGACCAAAAUGCCCAGUCAUUGAUUGCGCUUCAAGCUCAGUUGUAGCGGAAAAAUGUCCCUUUUUCGAGCACAAAGAGACGGAAGACGUAAAAUUGAUCGAAUAUGACGAAAAUAAUCACGUAUCGAAGGCUGUUCCAACGUUAAUUGACCACCGAGAUGAGCUUUAUUGCGGCAUGCAUCGUCAUAAGACAAUCCAAAAGGAAAUUUUUGAUGCCUGCGAGGAGCUGGGGAAGAAAUUGGCAAACAAGUUAAUCGAGAAGGGAGCCUUGGAAGUUAUGCGAUGCGCUCAAAAUGAAAUUCACGCCAAAAUUUAGGAGAAUUUUUUUCUUGUUUUACCACAACAACGAAGUUUUGUUGCAAUAUUUAUAUAGAGAAUUACAUACGGUGUUUAGUUGUUGAUAUUUUGUAUAAGAAAAGUUUAUUAGUUAAAGCCAUUGUUUGUGGCGGUGCACUUUUAUUGUCGUUGAACUGUCUCAGGAGUAAUUUUUAUUACAUUAGGAUUCGUAAUGUAGAGCACAUGAAACCAAUAAAAUGAACAAAUUAGAAAUUUUAUAGAAAA